AUGCUUCGCCUCGCCGCUAUCGCGCACCAAAUCCCAGGCCACGGCUUGCAGUCGCAAAGCGAUGAUGGGCGAUUCCGAGACGAGACGAUCCGCCGUUAUUUUGCCGACAGACUAAUAGGAGAGCGAGUUUUCCCUCAAGGCCGUGUUUGCGGAAAAAAUGGUAAGGGGGGACCAAGAUCAUGGAAAUCUUUUUGCAUAGUGAUUUUUCACACAGUGCAAAGGCCAAAAACCAGUCUGGCGACUUUCCGGAAGGGCUAAGAAGAGAGUACGUGAAAUGCGGAGUGCGGUCGGAGACACAAAAUUUUUGGCGAUAUCGUUGUCAGUUUUUUGAGGGAAAAAUACAUUUUUUGAAACUUUUAGCUUGCACUUUGCAGGAAUAGUUAAGAAAUUCAACCAUCUUUGCGGCCAAAAGAGUAUGCUUAAGGCGGAGUGCGGAGAGAAGAUGAAAACACUUUUUUGAAAACUAAUGUGCGUAAAUUUGCGCCACAUUUUAGACAAAACCAGAGCGUCGCAGUUUUGCUUUUUCAAAAAUGCGUAGACUUUUCGUCGCGGCGCACAGUGAAUUUUUCUUUUUUUCGCAUGGUGCGGGCUUUUCUAGCUUUUUGCACUGUGAAUUUUCACUCCUUAUGCAUAAUCGCUUCAUAAACGUCGCAGCGACUCCGUUGGAAAUGGCUUUUGUCGCGCGAUAUUCAGUUUGCACGGUGCAAAAUGCUUUUUGCACAGUGCGGCGCCGAAGCCAAAAAGUCUGCACAUUUUUUGCAAUCUCUGCUGAAACAAUAUCACCUAUUAGAACCACUCAUAUCCUCCUCAAAACAUCUGAUUUCGCCCCUCAACACAGCUCCCCUUCGAUUACGGUAAUCGCGGAAAAACCACUUGGCCCCAUCCCGUUUUAAUUUAAAUUGGCCGAAAUGACAAGUAAGUCUGUGCCUAAUUCGAGCCUCUGCCUAUAAUGCCCCGCCUUUCGCCUAAUUUAAUGUUAAAUGAGCGGAUUUUUGGCCCACGAAUUUCCUUCGUGCGGCCAAUAAAAGGUGGUCGUUUAAGUGGCGUCGAAAGUAGCCGUGUUAUCUUCUUCGCGUCCUUUGUUUUGAUCGGCAAAGAUGUUUGUCAUUAAGUCGAAUUAAAGGUGCUGAUCCGAGCGGAGUUUAGGCGGACGCUGUGCUUGCAAAUUUUAAUCUACAAUACAUACUAAUAGUAGAAGAUUCUGCAGAAGAUUUUCGGGAAUUUUUGGCUCGCCUGGUGCAAGGAACAGCAACAAGACGCAUUUUAUAACCUCUGAAAUGGCAUGAACAACAAAAAUCGACCAAAUUCAGGACUUUCUUUUGUCAUACAUACAGUAAAAUCUUGCCACGAGUGCGAAUUUUCAUAUUGCAUUCUAUUCUGUCUCUCUGUGUUGUGUCGUAUGUUCGACUCAUCGUAUCCCAUCGAAAAGGCCCGACAACCCAGUAACGAGACAAGACAAGAGCUCAAGAGUCAAGUGAUUUAUUCAGUGGGAAGGAGGCCUUUUAUAGGGAAGCCGGAAAGUACAAUCAAAUUUAACCCUUUCCGGACGAGUCGGCACGUAUAUAUUAAAAUGAAAGAGGAUACCCUACUGAGUAACGGCAUAAUAGUGGUUCAGCUUAUCGAAGCGUUAUUUGGGACUUAUGACAAAAAAUGUCGUAAAAAGUACCCCUACUUGACAUAUCACUUUUAAAAUUUUUGCAACAAGCUGUAAAUCGGAAACUACCCCUAAAUUAAAGUCGAGGAGUCCUAGUAUUGUUACAUCCAAGAACUGUCCAAAUCGGAGCACCAUAGGAUUUGUUAUCGAUUUUUGGAAAUUGAAUUUUUAAUUUUGGUCAAUUUUGGGCCUAAAAUCAAAUAUAUCUUCCGCGGGUAUCAACCAUUUCGGUCCAAAUGUGGUUUUUCCGAAUCUAUUGUGAUGCUAGCUUCUUACUAGAAUAUUUCCACAAAAAACCUAUGAGGCAUAUUUCUGUAAAACGCGGAAAUGUUGAAAGUGUAAAGGUUUGAUCGUAUAAAAUGUCGCCGCGAGCCGCGAAGGGACGGGCGCAGCUCGAAACGAGAAAAUAUUUUAAGAUUUUUCGAGAAGCUUGAUUUUAGCGUGAAACCAAAUUAAACUCGAUUGAAAUUGCCUGAAAACAGAGUAAAAAUAUAAAAAUGACAUUUAGGUAAUGUUUGCGUGCUAUUUCUGCCUGUAUUUUGUGUUGAAAUCAGCUUUUCGACACCAAAAUAAUAUUUCUCGAAGAAAAAAUUAUUAUUUUCUCGCUUCGAGCUGCGCCCGUCCCUUCGCGGCUCGCGGCGACAUUUUAUACGAUCAAACCUUUACGUUUUCAACAUUUCCGCGUUUUACAGAAAUAUGCCUCAUAGGUUUUUUGUGGAAAUAUUCUAGUAAGAAGCUAGCAUCACAAUAGACUCGGAAAAACCACAUUUGGACCGAAAUGGUUGAUACCGGCGGAAGAUAUACUUGAUUUUAGGUCCAAAAUUGACCAAAAUUAAAAAUUCAAUUUCCAAAAAUCGAUAACAAAUCCUAUGGUGCUCCGAUUUGGACAGUUCUUGGAUGUAACAAUACUAGGACUCCUCGACUUUAAUUUAGGGGUAGUUUCCGAUUUACAGCUUGUCGCAAAAAUUUUAAAAGUGAUAUGUCAAGUAGGGGUACUUUUAGGACAUUUUUUGUCAUAAGUCCCAAAUAACGCUUCGAUGGGCUGAACCACUAUUAUGCCGUUACUCAGCAGGGUACCCUCUUUCAUUUUAAUAUAUACGUGCCGACUCGUCCGGAAAGGGUUAAAUAAAUGUAGACAGUUCCUCGUGGGAAAAUCCUCGAAGCUCGGUCGUUCCGCCUCACAGAAUCCAAAGUGAAACUUUGUGAGUUGAUCAGUGUAUUUACCACCCUAAAUGUUGUUUAGCGCGACCCCCGUUCUACGUGCUCCAUCCGAACACAACCUCUGUUUCCCGAGAUCACCGAGUUUUUUUGAUCAAGAAGAAUUCGUUCCUCUUUUGCAAUUUUUGGCAAAAAAACAAGAUUAAUUACUCCAGGAUGUAAAAAAAUUUCGAAAAAAGUUUGAUUUCUCCGAGCGGAAACGAGAAACUUAUAGGCAAAAACGGUUUCUGAAAGGUUGAUAGUACACACAUUAUUCUUAUCUGUCAUAAGACAUCUUCGAAGGUAUCUAUUAGCUUUCGCUUUGCAGAUAAAGCCGAGACUUUUAACUCGAAAUUGGAAAAAAAUGACGGGUUUUCGUUUUCAAAGACGACUGGAGACUCGAAAAGGUCAGGCAGAAGGUUGUGGAAAACCCGCAACGCCUGGUGUUUUUCAAUGCUGUUUUGAAGGAGCCUGUGGCAACCCUGGUGCCGACGUUGGUGCAUGAAAUGGCUCCUCUGGCCAGCCUUUGCAUACCCGCCGAUCUUGAGUUGAUGAGGAGCAUGGAACGUCAUGGAGAUGGUGGUGCGGUGAAAUCAUGCGAUGCCUUGGAUGGAAAGAGAUCCUGCUUCCCGUACUUUCAGGAAGUGAUACUAGGCGGGCCAAAAAGUCUUGACAUGUUUUCGCACCGUGCGGGCGCAUGA